CGGGCGCUAACGAAAGCCUUGCGCGCUCGUCAUAAAGCCAAAGCCAUGCCUCCGUCCGGACCCCCGUAAAGCCAAACCAAAACCUCCCUUUUCCCCUCCGUUCCGCUCCCCGUUUCUCCCUUCCUCCUCUCGCUCGCGCGAUCCGCCGAUCCGGUUUCUCCGCGCCCGGUCGCGAACCCCGUCCCGAUUCCGCCGUUUCCUCUGGGCAAUCGGCGUCCCGCCGGCCUCGUUGAUGCGGCGCGGUUCGGGCCCCGGGCUGUGAUUUGGAGCUGUCGGCGGCGGUGCUGUUGGCGCGGGCGCCGCGGCCCUCCAUGAGGCGGCGGCCGGUCCUGCCGUCCCACCACGACGACAUGGAGAAGGGCGGCGGGAAGCCGGCGUCGUCGCGCCUCUGCUUCCUCGCCACGCUCUGCGCCAUGUUCUGGGUCCUCAUCUUCUACUUCCACUUCGCCGUCGUCUCCAACGAGCCCGACGCCUCAGCGGCGCAGGCCGGCGAGGUGCGCAUUGCCCGCGCCCGCCUACAGCUCCCUGAACCUGACGGCGCCGCCCGCCGCGACCUGCCCCUCGCGCCGCCCGCCCGUGCGUCGGAGCCGCCGCCUCCUGUCGCGCGCUCCAAGGAGGAGGUGGUGGAGGAGGAAAAGCCCGCCGCCGGAGCCCGCCAGGAGGAGGCGCCGACCAAGGUGGCGGCGUCGUACCCGUUCGAGCGGGCGCUCAAGACGGCGGAGAACAAGAGCGACCCGUGCGGCGGCCGGUACAUCUACGUGCACGAGCUGCCGCCGCGGUUCAACGAGGACAUGCUCCGGGACUGCGAGAAGCUCAGCGUGUGGACCAACAUGUGCAGGUUCAUGAGCAACGAUGGGCUUGGCCCGCCGUUGAGCGACGAGGAGGGUGUCUUCUCCAGCACCGGGUGGUAUGGCACCAACCAAUUCUCCGUGGAUGUUAUUUUCGGCAACAGGAUGAAGCAGUACGAGUGCCUGACCAAGGACUCGUCCAUUGCCGCAGCGGUCUUUGUGCCAUUCUAUGCUGGGUUUGAUAUUGCAAGAUAUCUCUGGGGUUAUAAUAUCUCGACGAGGGACGCCGCAUCGCUUGAUUUGGUGGAUUGGUUGAUGAACAAGCCUGAGUGGAAUGUGAUGGGCGGGCGUGACCAUUUCUUAGUUGCAGGGAGGAUCACUUGGGAUUUCAGAAGGUUGACGGAGGAAGAGUCGGAUUGGGGAAGCAAGCUGCUCUUCUUGCCGGCUGCAAAGAACAUGUCGAUGCUUGUGGUGGAGUCAAGCCCAUGGAAUUCCAAUGAUUUUGGAAUACCAUAUCCUACAUACUUCCACCCUGCAAAGGAUGCUGAUGUUUUCCUCUGGCAAGAUAGAAUGAGGAGCUUGGAGCGCCCAUGGCUCUUCUCGUUUGCAGGUGCUCCACGUCCUGGUGAUCCAAUGUCCAUCAGAGGGCAACUCAUAGAUCAAUGCAGGAGCUCAAGUGUUUGUAAGUUGUUGGAGUGUGACCUUGGGGAGAGCAAGUGCCACUCCCCGAGCACAAUCAUGAAAAUGUUUCAGAGUUCUUUGUUCUGCUUGCAGCCUCAGGGUGACUCCUACACAAGAAGAUCUGCCUUUGACUCCAUGUUGGCUGGCUGCAUACCUGUUUUCUUCCAUCCUGGUUCAGCUUACGUCCAAUAUACAUGGCAUCUUCCAAAGAACUAUACAAGGUACUCUGUCUUCAUCCCUGAAGCUGACAUCCGUACAAGAAAUGCCAGCAUCGAGGAGAGGCUAAAAAGUAUUCAUCCAGAUGUGGUCAAGAACAUGAGAGAAGAGGUCAUCAAUCUAAUACCAAGGGUGAUAUAUGCUGAUCCAAGAUCGAAACUGGAAACCUUGAAAGAUGCAUUUGAUGUUUCCAUAGAGGCAAUCAUUAAGAAAGUGACAAAGUUGAGAAGAGAUAUCAUUGAAGGCCGAGAAGAUAAAGAUUUUAUCGAAGAGAAUAGCUGGAAGUAUAGUCUGUUAGAAGAUGGACAGCGGACAAUUGGACCUCACGAAUGGGAUCCAUUCUUCUCGAAACCCAAAGAAAAAGGUAGAGAUCCUAGUAGCUCAUCUGCUGAAGCUGCCAAGAAUUCUUGGAAAAGUGAACAAAGAGGACAGAAUUAAACCACAAGGUAUAUCAUCGUGGAGAUGUGAGCAAGGGAGCAGAGAUAGCUAUUCUCUCUAAAGAUGCUCUGAUGCAAAUACAUUGCACAUAGGUCAAGAUCCAGUAGUUAUGGUGAUCAUGAACAUCAUUGAUGAUCUAGUUCACCCUACAGUUGUACGAAGCCAUUCCACCAAAAAUGCUUUGGGGAAAUUUGGCACACAGUGUUUGCUUACCCCUAUAAAUAUCAUUUUCUACACUAAUUUUUGUUUGAUGUUUUUGGUCAAUAAUCCUUUGUAAGCCUUUACAGGAUUUAGAGGUAUAUCUAUUUUGUUAUUGUAUUA